AUGCGGCAGCUCCUCGCUGCCGUCGAGAGGUCGCACCGGGCGGGCGUCCUGCACUGGGACGUCAAGCCCGAGAACGUGGUGGUCGACGACGGCACGGCUCCCGAUGUCGACGACGACGACGACAGGAAGAAGAACCGGCGGCACCACCGGCAGCCGCCGCCGCCGCCGCCUGAAGAGAUCACGUGCAAGCUCUGCGACUUCGGCACGUCGGAGCCAAUGACGGAGGGCAGACGCGAGUACUCGCCGCUGGCGACGUCGGAACCCUACCGCGCGCCGGAGCUCUUCCUGGGCUUGGCGGACUACGACGGGCGCAUCGACUCGUGGGGGCUCGGCUGCGUCAUGGCCGAGCUCCUCGUGGGCACCGGCGGCGCCUUCUUCGAGGUGAGCUGGGAGUCGUCCGCGCGCGGGGCAUCCACGCUGGGGCCGCGCCAGCCGGCGGGAAGUGGCCGCCGCUCGGCCGCCGAGGAGCGGGCGUGGGGCUGCCCGGAGGCCGGCCGCCCGCGGGAGGUGUUCCCGGAGAAGGUUCUGUCGCAGGCCGGGUUCGAGGUCCUGAGCAGGCUGCUGGAGAGCAGUCCCGGGGGUCGGCUCACCGCGGCGGAAGCCCUGCAGAAACCUUGGUUCGCGGACGACGACCAGCGCACGGACGAAGGCCGUUGUGAGGGCCCUUGCCGCCGCCGCUUGGGUGCUUGCUUCAUGUCGUGUGUAACCGACGAUGAUUAG